AUGGCGAAAGGAAGCAACGGUAAUCGGGAAUCUGAAGACCGUAACGAGGAAGGAAGAAAUGGCAGAGGAAUUCGUGAAGGGAACAGUAAUGGACACAUUAAAAACAUAAGAAGAGAAGGAGGUGGAAGAGAACAACGCUCACGUGGAGAAGGAAGUAAUGGUCGAAGGCGCGAAAGAAAAUUGAAGGCAUUUUUUACAUUUGUGAUUGACUUUCAGGAUUCUUCUUCAGGGUCAUUGACGACACCAACUCCGGACCACCUUUCGAAAUCUUUCUAUCAGACGCCUGUCAUUCUUGAACGUAGGCCACAAACUUCCGGAGUUUCAACUUUACAGGCUUCGGAUAAGGGCGAGGAAGAGAGCUCUCCACAAACAAUAUUUCAUCCAUCUGUUCGCAUAUUUCGCGACGAUUCUUUUAAUCGCGCAUCUUCAGCCAACGCACCACGCGUAGAGACUAAGCAAAUAACCUUUAAAGGAAAGCCCUUCGACAAGCCCUUUGUAAAAAUGAUCAAUGAGAAGGGUGUACUUAACCAUGAUUCUGUCUUAAAGAUUUUAAGUGAUCUUCCGGGUCAUUUCGUUGUUGGAGUAUGUGGACCCCAAGGAGUUGGAAAAUCUACUGUUAUAUCUGCAUUAUGUCAAGAUCCGCAAAAUGCUUUCCCUGCACAAUCAAUCGAAACGCUAAAUUUAGCCAGCCAUGAAACUACAGGUAUUGAUAUUCACAUCACACCUGAAAGGAUCAUACUUUUGGAUACUCAGCCCGUUUUUAGCUUAUCGGUUCUCGAACAUGCGAUGAGGAAUGAUUACAUUCCUGAUAAUAUAUCACCAGAAUUAUGGCUCGAGCUACAGUCACUUCAAAUCGUUAUCUUUCUUUUUUCGGUUUGCAACGUUGUUAUUACUGUCACUGAGAGUAUAGAUUAUACAAUGUGGAAUUUUUUAAAAAAAGCCGAAAUGCUGAAAUAUCAUAUUCCAGAAUUUCCAACUAUAGCAUCAUUAGCAUCUGUGGACCCCGGUGUCGAAUAUUACCCUGAUAUCGGAACUGUUUCCAUGACAAAGUCAUUGAUAAUGUACAAGUGUCCAAAUGAUAAACGAUUACCAAACGUUUUUCUUUUGCCAUAUGAAAAUCAGCCCCUUCGCCCUAAAGGGGAGUAUAUCGGAUUUACUUAUUUAAACGCACCCGAUACAUUUAUCGUCUUGGCAGAAUCUUUGAGAAAUCAAAUAUUUCAACUACCAAAAAAAGCCGGUAAAAAAGGCCAGGUGUCUGAAAAAGAAUGGUUCCGAAGCUCAAUGAGAAUUUGGGAUAUUGUUCGUAAAUCCGAAUUUAUUACCGAAUAUGGGAAACUUGCGGCAAAGUUGAGGGAAAUGUGA